AUGAACUUCACCUUGUUAAGUGUGUGGCUCUGUAGUGUCAAAGGUCAGGCAGAGUCCACGUGCAAGCUUAAGGCCAAGUUCAACCUGAGCGGCUACAAGGAUGUAAAGAAGAAGGUUGUUGUUGGGGGGAUGUUUCCAGUUCACAUGCGUAUUGCUUCCACUGAUGGAAACACUUCAAGGGUCCCCGUCUCCUCGGGGUGUGAGGGGUUUAACUUCCGUACCUUCCGUUGGACCCAGACCAUGCUGUUUGCCAUCAACGAAAUAAACGAAAGGAAAGACCUGCUGCCUAACACAGACCUGGGCUACGUCAUCUACGACUCCUGCUUCACCAUCUCCAAGGCCGUAGAGGGCACCCUCACCUAUCUGACGGGUCAGGACGAGGCUGUACCCAACUACCGCUGUGGGAGUGGGGCGCCUCUGGCUGCUCUGGUGGGCGCUGGGGGUUCUGACUUGUCCAUUGCCACCGCUAGGAUACUUGGUCUCUAUCACUUCCCACAGGUCAGCUAUUUUUCAAGCUGCUCCGCCCUGGAGAGUAAGUUUCAGUUCCCCACCUUCCUGCGGACCAUUCCCAAUGACAAGCACCAGUCUACAGCUAUUGCCAAGCUGGUGCUACACUUUGGCUGGACUUGGGUGGGCACCAUAGCUGCCGACGAUGAUUACGGCAAGUAUGGCAUCAAAGACUUUAAGGAGCAGGUAGAGGAAGCUGGUGUCUGCAUCUCCUUCUCUGAGACUCUGCCCAAGGUGAGUUCCCCAGAGGACAUCCAGCGUAUUGUUCAAACUGUAGCUGAGGCCACGGCCAAGAUCAUCGUGGUCUUCUCAUCAGACGUGGACCUCAGUCCUCUCAUCACUGAGCUCAUCAGGCACAACGUGACCAACCGCACCUGGAUCGCCAGCGAGGCCUGGGUCACCUCCGCUCUGAUCAUGCAGCCUGGGGUGAGGUCGUUGUUAGGUGGUACUCUGGGCUUUGGGAUAAAGAGGGCUACCAUCCCUGGUCUUGAGCAACAUCUCCUGGAUCUGGACCCCUUUGCUAACCCGCUCACUGAGGAAUUCUGGGAAACGUUGUUUAACUGCACGUUGCACUACAACAAAGCUCUGUGGCAGAUGGACCAGAGGGCCAAGGAGGUUAAUGGCACAUUGUCCAAGGCGAAGAGGGCGCUCCCUGAUGGGCUGUGUACAGGGAAGGAGGAUCUGGCACGGCUCAGUAACACCUACACUGAUGUCUCUCAGUUACGGAUCACAUACAGUGUGUACAAAGCCGUGUACGCUGUGGCCCAUGCCUUGCACAACAUGGAGCACUGUGUAGAGGGGAAGGGGCCAUUUAAUGGGAAAGACUGUGCUGACAUCACCAACUUUGAGCCAUGGCAGCUGAUGUACUACCUGAAGAACGUGCGUUUCAAAGUGCCACACACAGACGAAGAGAUCUACUUUGAAGACGGGGAUGUAGAAGGUUUCUACGAAAUCAUUAACUGGCAGUUCGACAGUAACGGGGAGAUAUCCUACAUCAGUGUGGGCCAGUACAACGGCACAGCAGCGCCAGAAGACAGGAUGACCAUAAAAAAUGACUCCAUUGUGUGGAACAAUGAAGUGUUGGAGCCUCCUCGGUCAGUGUGCAGUGAGAACUGUCAGCCAGGCACCAGGAAGGGAAUCCGGCAGGGCGAGCCAGUUUGCUGCUUUGACUGUAUCCCAUGUGCUGACGGAGAGAUCAGCAACACAACCAAUGCUCGUGAAUGCAUCCUAUGCAGUGAAGACGACUGGUCCAAUGAGGCUCAUGAUGCCUGUGUGCCAAAAAUCAUCGAGUUCCUAGCCUUUGGAGAGCCCCUGGGUAUCACUCUCAUUGUCAUCUCGGCCUUCGGUGCUUUAGUCACCAUUGCUGUCGCGGUGGUGUUUAUUAUGAACAUCGGCACUCCUCUGGUGAAAGCCAACGAUGCUCUGUUGAGUUUCUCGCUGCUCUUCUCACUGGUGGUGACCUUCCUCUGCUCCAUCGUCUUCCUCGGAGAGCCACAGAACUGGAGCUGCAUGACCAGUCAAGUGGCCCUGGCUCUGGGUUUUGCUCUCUGCCUUUCCUCUAUCAUGGGUAAGGCAGCAGUGUUGAUGCUGAGAGCUCAGGCUCUGAAAGCGGCCCGUGCCCGAAGCAAAGCAGCUGCCAAAGCUGCAAAGGCCGCAGCUGAAGCAGCAGCCAACAGCGGCAGUCCUGAUGUCAUUGUAACCAACACAAAUAACAUUAAUGAUGUCAAUACCAGUGCGAAUCCUGAAGUUGAUCGUCUCACUUUUGCCCACCAGAGGGCGAUGGCUGCCGUGGCAACAUUAAUACAGGCUAUAGCGUGCACAGUGUGGCUCAUAGUGCUGCCUCCUCACGCGUUUAAAAACACCUCUGCCCAGAAUAUAAAGAUCAUACUCGAAUGUGAUGAAGGCUCUGUGGUCUUCAUCUGUUGUAUCUUCGCCUAUGACAUCCUGCUGGCUCUGAUUGCCUUCAUAUUUGCCUUCAUUGCCCGUAAACUGGAAGACCACGUCAGUGAGGGGAAGAGUAUGACCUUCGGCAUGUUGGUCUUCUUCAUCGUUUGGAUCUCCUUUGUCCCGGCUUACCUCAGCACACGUGGCAAGUUCAUGGUUGCUGUCCAGAUUUUUGCCAUCCUGGCUUCCAGCUUUGGCCUGCUGACCUGCAUCUUCCUGCCCAAGUGUUACGUUCUCUUGGUCAAACCGGAACGCAACAAAGAGGAGCUGAUGAGGCCUCGUGUCAAACCUCGCGACGGGACCUCAACUGGAACCUCAGCCUCACUCGCUACAACUGCUACUGAGGUCACUGCUACAACUGCAUCCACUCCUAUUGAUGAUUAGUGGGGUGCUGCUAAGAACUAAACUGAGCCACAAUACUGAAGUCGUAAAAGAAUGUAGAUGUGCCACGGCUUUACUGAGCAUCCAGUCCCACUGAUUUGGGUCCCCACUCUUGUAAUUCCCACAUAUCUUACAGUGAUCAUGGUUGGUCUGUAAUUAAUAGACAAAAUAUUUUAAUUUAAACUGACUGGAGUCAGUUGUACCCUCACAUUCAUUUCAACAAGCAUUGUCCAUGAGGAAAGACAGCUGCUACCUCACCUAAACAUCUCAAAAAAUCUCACUUUCAAAACCAUUCAGCAAGUUCAGACUCUUACUGUCAAAGCUGCUUCAGUUGUGGUAGUGAAAUUGAAAUUAAGUCAACGUUUACCUCAGAUAUUAUACCGCUGUACUCCUAGUUGCAAAUGAAACAAACAUAUCUGAUCAUUUUUACAAUUACGAGCAUUUAGCUGAUG